GGCAGCGGUGUCUGCAGGAGGUGGGAGUAGGAAGUUUUAGGUGGUCCCGACUCGGAAAGGUCAAGGGUCAGUGCGGAGUCUCCGCUGGUGAUGGUGAAGCAGACGAUCCAGAUUUUCGCUAGGGUGAAGCCCACCGUGCGGAAGCAGCAGCAAGGGAUUUACUCCAUAGAUGAAGAUGAAAAAUUAACGCAUAGCUUGGAAAUCGUCUUACCCCGAGACCUGGCAGAUGGAUUCGUAAACAACAAACGAGAAAGCUACAAGUUUAAGUUUCAAAGGAUUUUUGACCAAGAGGCUAAGCAAGAGAUCAUUUUUGAGAUCAUUGCCAAACCAGUCGCCGAGAGUACCUUGGCAGGUUACAAUGGCACCAUCUUCGCAUAUGGGCAGACGGGCAGUGGCAAGACAUUCACCAUCACAGGCGGCGCAGAGCGCUACAGUGACAGAGGCAUCAUCCCAAGGACCCUGUCGUAUAUUUUUGAGCAGUUGCAAAAGGACAGCAGCAAGAUCUACACGACACACAUUUCUUACUUGGAAAUCUACAACGAAUGUGGCUAUGACCUGCUGGAUCCAAGACACGAAGCCUCCAAACUGGAAGAUCUGCCGAAAGUGACAAUAUUGGAGGACCCUGAUCAGAACAUUCACCUGAAAAACCUGUCUCUGCAUCAGGCAACAACUGAGGAGGAAGCUUUGAACCUGCUCUUCUUGGGGGACACGAACAGGAUGAUCGCUGAGACUCCUAUGAAUCAAGCUUCAACCCGAUCACACUGUAUUUUCACUGUGCACUUGAGCAGCAAGGAGCCAGGUUCUGCCACCGUCCGACAUGCUAAGCUCCAUCUGGUUGACCUGGCAGGGUCAGAGCGUGUCUCGAAGACUGGAGUCGGGGGCCUGCUUCUGACAGAGGCCAAAUACAUCAACUUGUCCCUACACUACCUGGAGCAGGUCAUCAUUGCCCUUUCGGAAAAACACCGUACACACAUCCCUUACAGGAACUCCAUGAUGACCAGCGUGCUGAGAGACAGUCUGGGAGGGAACUGCAUGACCACCAUGAUUGCAACCCUGUCUUUGGAGAAGAGGAACAUUGAUGAGUCUAUCUCCACCUGUAGAUUUGCUCAGCGAGUGGCCCUAAUUAAAAACGAAGCCAUUCUCAACGAAGAGAUUGAUCCCAGGCUGAUGAUUGUUCGCUUGCAAAAGGAGAUUGAAGACCUGAAGGCAGAGUUGGCCAUGGCCACAGGAGAGCAGAGGACAGAGGCCCUCACGGAAGCAGAGCUCCUUCAGUUGGAAAAACUAAUAGCAUCCUAUUUGGAAGACCAAGAUCCAGAGAGUCGACUGGAAGUUGGCGCUGAUAUGCGUAAAAUCCAUCACUGUUUUCAUCAUUUUAAGAAGCUGUUGAACGACAAGAAGACCCUAGAGAAUACUGUCUCCUCUGAAAGCACACGGCAAGCAUGCCAAGAGCCAUUGCGAGAUGAAGAAUAUACAAAGCUCCUAGGUCUUCUCAAGCAGAGGGACAAUGAGAUCAAUAUCCUGGUCAAUAUGUUAAAAAAGGAAAAGAAGAAAACUCAGGAUGCCCUCCAGAAUUCAAGCCUAGAGAAAAGCGAUACCAGGCCACCUCAGAACUCACCCUUCAUCGCUGGGAGCCCAGCGGUUCCAAGGACCCCAUUCUCCUCAGCCCUGAGCCACGCCCAGGACCUCAGCAUCUGCAAGCACAGAUCCAGCUUGCUCCACAAAAAAACAGGGAUGAGAGAGGAGAUGUCACUGGGACGCCAGGAGGCUUUUGAGAUUUUCAAGAGGGACCACGCUGACAGUGUCACCAUCGAGGACAACAAACAGGUUCUGAAGCAGAGAUUUUCUGAAGCAAAAGCUCUGGGAGAAAGUAUAAAUGAAGCAAGAAGUAAAAUCGGUCAGCUGAAAGAUGCCAUCAACCAGCGGCACCUACAGCAAGUAGCUCUUGGAAUCUCAGAGAACACUGUCCCAGCCUCCAUGCCUGACCCCCAGGAGGAGAAACUGCGAGCACAGCUGGAGGAGGAGAAGGGCAGGUACAAAACGGCCUUUAUGCACCUGAAGGCCCUGAAGGUGGAGAUUGAGCACCUACAGCUGCUCAUGGACAAAGCCAAGGUCAAGCUGCAGAAAGAGUUCGAGGCCUGGUGGGCAGAGGAGGCCACCAGCCUGCAGGUAAACUCCCCGGCCACGAACCUCCAGGAUGCUGUGAAGCCGUUUCCCCAGCAGGACCAAACACAGCUUCUUUCCAAGAAAAGUUCUCAAGACUUGGAAGUUGAAAAUGAAGCUGGCAGGCUGGAGGUCUGUGAUAGGAAUGCCAGAAGAAUCCUUCCCUCCCCCUGCUCCAAUCAGCAAAGCCAAGAGCCCAGUGGCUCCAGGGUCCUGGUGCAAGAUAGGCCCCUAUCAUCCAUCCCUCUCACUGGAGACAGCCAGACAGACUCCGACAUCCUAGCAUUCAUCAAGGCCAGACAGAGCAUUCUACAGAAGAAAUGCCUGGGAAGCAACUGACUUUCUGAUAGGAGUCCAACCCUGCCCUGCAGACAGAUUGGCUAAUGAGAAGAUGAAGAACCUGCCCCUCCCUUCCUCGUGACCUCACAUUCGAUGGAAAGACUCCCCAGGGAGCAGCUGGCAAAUCUGAGGCCAGAGGAGGAGCUCUUUACCCAGAAGAUCUGAGCAGCGCCCUCGUGCCCCUGGCAUGCGAUCCAAACUUUAGGCAGCUGAACUAUGAACCCAUACCUUGCCUGCACAUUCAUGGUCAUGAGUGCUCUAACACAGGCUUAAAUCUGUGUGUCUAGGGUGGAACUCAAGACUGAUCCUUCUUAAAGACUAAUUUCAAAGUGUGUGACUACUUCUUAGAGGACAGUGUCUGGGAGGGCAUGCAGGGCUGACAGGAAGUCCUGACAGAGUUGCUGACAGGGUGGGCACUACCAAGAAGCUGGAGGCCAGCCAGGGCUCACUGACAGGUUUUGGAGAACCCUGGAGAUGGUGCAGUGCACCAUCAUGAUACACAGGUGGGGGCAUUCCAGGCGCAAUGCAGGAGGAUGAUAGCCCAUUAUUUAUUGAUAACUACUUGCCAACCAUUACCCAAGGCUACCCCUGGCUUACAAGCCCAGGAAUGGCCGUGGCAAGCCAGGUAGGCCUUCAAAGUCCUAGAUAAGAAUGUAGGGCACCUUAAGUGCCACCGUACCAGCCCAAACCAUCACCCACUUGCCCAGUCUUCAGGGAGCUAUGUACUCUGCAGUCUGAGGACCUCACAGUACCAGAAAACAGUGGGAAGCUACUCAGAGCUCUACAGCUCGCAGUUCCCUGAGCCAUCACCCCACCAAGUUGCAUGGGGGUCUACAAAACUAAGGCCUAAACUCCCUGUCCCACAGGGGAACAUAGUUGCCCAAUGAUCUUGCCUCAGUGACCCUCCUGGCAUCCGGCAACCUGGCCCAGUGUCUUGGGCUAAGUGGACACAAAAGAGAGGGGAGCACAGUCAGCAGAUACCUGUGUUGGGGUCCCAACCCAACUACAGUUGGGGGGCAGUGGGGGUGCAGA